AUGACCGACAAGGGAAACUUCACAGUUUCAAAGCUAUCGGACGCCAAUAUGGGAUUUGGUGUGCUGGGAGUGUUUCUGGGGCUGCUCCUGGAGGUCUCCACUCACGGACCUCACGCUGUACCUCGAACUUCAUGGAAGCAGCAGGACUUGGAUUUGAUGGAGUUUUCUGAGCCUGGGGUCUUCAACUAUUCGACCCUACUGCUGAGUGAGGACAGGGAUGCACUGUAUGUGGGAGCAAGGGAGGCCAUCUUUGAGCUCAGCAAGAAGAAUGUGACCAUCAGAAACAACAAGGUUCAGUGGACAGUUACAGAAAUCCCCAUGACCAUGUGCACACUCAAAGGAAAAUCGAAAGAGAGAGAUUGUCUUAACUACAUUCGAGUACUUCAAGUUGUUGACGAUCAGAAGCUUUAUGUCUGUGGCACACAUGCUUUUCAACCCCAGUGCGAUUACUUGAAUCUGGCUGACUUUUCCUUGGAGGGCAGACCUGAAGAUGGCAGGGGGAAAUGCUCCUUUGACCCCUCACAAAGCUUUACUACUGUCAUGGUUGAUGGAGAGCUGUACUCCGGGACGGCUUAUAACUUCUUAGGAAGUGAACCGAUUAUCUCCAGAUACUCGCCACCCCACUCUCUGCUGAGGACAGAAUAUUCCACAUCUUGGCUAAAUGAGCCCAGUUUUGUCUUUGCUGACGUAAUCAGAGAAAGGAAAAACCGAGCAGAUGGUGAGGACGACAAAAUCUACUACUUCUUCACCGAGGUGUCUGUGGAGUAUGAAUUCUUUGGCAAGCUGCUCAUCCCCAGGGUGGCUCGCGUCUGUAAGGGUGAUCUCGGAGGGCAGCGCACUCUGCAAAAGAAGUGGACAUCUUUCCUCAAAGCCAAGCUGGUGUGCUCCAUGCCUGAGCUCAACUUUGUUUUCAACGUGGUGCACGAUGUCUUCAUCCUGAAGGGGAAAGAGGCGAAAGAGGACACGCUUUUUUACGGCGUCUUCACCUCUCAAUGGGGAAACGUGGGUUUGUCGGCGGUGUGUGCCUACAACAUGACUGCUGUGGAGGAAGUCUUCACCAAAGGAAAGUACAUGCAGAAGGCCACUGUAGAGCAGUCGCACACAAAGUGGGUGCGGUACAAUGGCAUCAUGCCAACUCCACGACCUGGUGCUUGUAUUAACAACCUGAUGCGACAGCAGAACAUCAACAGCUCACUCCAUCUGCCGGAUAAAACCCUUCAGUUUGUUAAGGACCACCCCCUGCUGGAGGAUCCCAUCCUGCCCAUCGGCAAUAGGCCUCGCCUUAUUACCAAAGACGUCAAUUACACACAGAUUGUUGUGGAAAGGGUCCUAGCGCUUGAUAAGACCAUUUACGAUGUUAUCUUCACUGGAACAGAUAAAGGUGUCCUGCACAAAUCAGUGGUCUUUGAAGAGGAAGUUCAUAUUAUGGAGGAGAUACAGCUACUGAAGAAUUCUGAACCAAUCAAAAACCUACUGCUGUCCUCAGAGACACAGUCCCUCUAUGUUGGUUCAGACUCCGGCGUGGUGCAGUCACCCACAGCUUUCUGCAGCAGGUAUUCUUCCUGCCAUGAUUGCAUCCUGUCACGAGACCCCUACUGCGCCUGGGAUCCAAAAACGGCCACCUGUGUCAAUAUCGUUGCUUCUCCCAAUCAGCAGUCCAGGAGUUUAAUCCAGAGUCUGGAUGGGGACGCACACAAGUGUCCUUCAGUGCCAGCUGUGCCUCAGAAAGACUACCAGCUUGUGACGGUCAAACCAGGGAGCUCUGCUGAGCUGCCAUGCCUGGUAAAAUCCAACCUGGCACAGCUGAUCUGGAAAUCUAACGGUUCAGUUCUCACUGAGGCUUCUCGCUUCCACUUCAUAGCCGAAAACGGACUCCUCAUUUACAGCGUGGCACCAGAGGAUCAGGGUUACUAUGAGUGCUGGUCCGUGGAAUGGGCCCCCGCUGCUGGGAAGAACUUCAGCCGCCUUAUGGCUGGAUACACCCUGACUCUGGAUCUUCCACCCAGACCCCGGGCCGACCCUAUAGCCACUACCUUUAGUAACCAGGAGACAAGUAGAGCGCGUGCAGCUGAAGGUAAUGUGAAAGCGGAUAAAGCCCCACUAACUUCAGCCAGCCUCACACCUGCAGACCUGCUUACCUCCCCACCGCAGCCUGACUCAUCACUAACCCCCCCACCCAGCAGCACAGUCAAGGUCCAGUCCAAGCAUCUCCUGCCCCCGAACUCCGUCGUUCCCGAUCCAGACAGCAGCGACCCCACCACCGAGUAUUUGCAGCACAACAACAGCAUGGCCCUCCUCUUCCUCUUCCUCCUGUUUUUCCUCCUCUUCUUGGCGGCGGUGGUGUACAACUGCUACAUGCAGUACCUCCCCGCUCCCUGCCUCAGGCUGCGGGCCGCUCUGCUGGGCAGCCACAAGAGCGCCCACCAGCCCGAGUACAGGGCCUGUGAGGCAGGUCUGAUGGAAGCAUCUGCUGUCGACAAGAUUAACAUGACUGAGCAGCCAAACCAGAACGGCAGCCAAAACACCCAAAACCUACGCGCGCUCCGCGACACCGGGUACGAGACUGAACCAGAGUGCGGCAACGGCCAGAUCCCCUCGCACGCCUAUGGGGGCGACAGCUCCUCCCAGGAGAAACCUUUCGAUCCUCACAACGUGGAGGCUCGGGAGGCAGAGGUGAGACUGUUGCCUCCCCUGCUGAAGGACCAGGCCUGGGGAAUUCAUGCCCAGGAGUCAUUUCUGCUCUUCUGCCUCGCCCUGGGUCCCAGUGAUGUCCACAUUCACUGGCUGAUAAAUGGGCACAGCUUGAACAUCCCGAUAAUGGAGCAUCGCCAGCCGCUGAGUCAGAAGGAGGUUCUAGUGAGCAGCUGGCUUCAAGAGAGGCCACUGAUCAAAGAUGCUCGUUACCGGUGUAUUGCUGAGGCCAGCGCAGGAAGUGACAUGUCUGAGGUCGAUCUCAGCCUCAGUGUUGGAGAUGAGAACAUUCCUUCCAGGGAUUUGAACCAGUGGAGAGGUGCACUCGCAGAGCACGAGCAACUGCUUAAAAGAUGGGAAAAAGCCUUGGAAAGCUGUGAUGGCCACACAGCCCUGUGA